AUGGAGAUCGACUUCGCCAACCGCGAACAAGCCUCUGAGGCGGGAGGCGAACCAAUCGCUUUUCCCCUCCUUCAGCUCAUCAGCGAGGCUCGAAACGAGCACGGUCUGCGACAGCAGGACUAUGCUCGCUACCGACGAUACUGCGCCUCCAAGGUGCAUCGACUGCGAGAGCUCCUGUCUGUGACCCAUGCGGACGCCUCACACAAGGCAGAUGGCAAGAAAUCAAAGGGAGCCAAAGGUCCUCGAGGCAAGAAGCCCAAGAAGGCGCAACAGGCUGCAGCGCAAAGAGCCGAUGCAAAGGGCCACGGAAACGUCUUCACCGCUAAGAAGCUCGAUGUCGCCCAAGUCGCCGAUGCUCGUCCUGCUCAUCUCCUCCUGUUCGAAGCCGAGCGCGCCUGGGCUUACUCACAGGAGCUGCGCAACGACGCCUUCGACGAGGAAGCCGACCCUCAGCUGCGCAAACGCGGCAUCUCGAGGCACCGACGUGCCGAACAAUGGUCCGAAUCUCUCCACAAGCUCAUCCAGGCCCUGUCUGCUCGAUUCGACGUUUACUCUCGUGCCGAGACCGCUGCCUACCUGCUGAUCACCAAAGCAACCACCGCCUUCGACCGAUCUCAGUGGGAAAAGGCCCUCGAGCUGCUCUCUGCCAGCCGCAAGCUGCUCAACACCAUCGCUACCAACAGCCCCACUAGCCGUGCCGAGGCGCUGGCUAACAGCUUUGUCGAUGCAGGCGAGGCUCAGAUGCGAUACUCGGCUUACCAGCUCGGCGAUUCCGAGCAAGAUAUGGACAAGAUCGCCACCUCCAUCGCUACAACUGAGGUUUGCCAGAAGGUGCUUCCCGAGUACGCUCAGCUUGAACAGGAGCUAGCCUCCGCCAAGGCCAAAGCAGGUGGUGGACAGAAGCAAGCACUCUCCCUCAGCUGGCACCGACACGAGAUCCCCGUCCGCAACCCAGAACUGCUCGACACUAUCGUUGCGGCUCAAGCCGAGGAGGCGGCUCUCCGAGACUCGGUCAUGGUUGAGGCUGUCAGCGAUCGGGACGCUGACGCUCGGGCUGCUGCCCAACGCAAAGCUGCGCCAGCCAAGAAGGAAGAAGGCAAGCGUGUACGCCUCUCGCACGCUCAGCGCAAAGCCAAGAAGCGCGAGAUCGCCCAGGGCGAAUCGUCUGCUGAUGGCGCCCGCAACGCUACCACUUCGACCGCACGACUGGGCAAGGGCGGACGCACCGAGCUUGACCCCUUCGACCGCGCUCUCAGUGCUUUCACCGAUGCCGAAGAUGUCGCCCGCAAGCUGGUCGAGGACAACGCCGAGGCGCUUGCCAAGAGCCACUCGGCUCGAUACGAGACGGCUAGCAAAGAUCUGCAGACCGCUCACGACUUCAUCUUCUACCGUCUGCUUGCUCUUCGCGUCUGGCGCAACCUGCGUCUGGUUGCCGAAGUCGAGCGACGUGCCGAGAAGCGUGAGAAGCGUGCCAUGUCCAGCGUCGAAGCGCGUCUCAAGGGCAAGGACAGUCGCUCAGCCGGCUCUGUGACGUCCAAGCGCAGCAAAAGAAGCAAGGGCAAGCAGCAGAAGCUCGACGAAAAGAUUGCCCACAAGAAGGCCAACCCGCACAAGAACCCACCCGGAUCGCGUGCCAAGAUGCCACGCACGGGUGGACGCUCGCAUGCGCGCAAGCCAGCCAGGAGCGGCACCCGGAAGCUGCGCACUCGUCAGGCUCUGGCGCGAGAGAACCGAGCUCGCGCCAUCGCUGCGCAAAAGUCCAAGCGUCGUGGUGCUCGAGCUGUGCCUUCGCUCGCCAGGCUGCUCGACGCUGCCGAGACGAGCCUGGUCGCUAUGGGCUCGAUUGCCCUGAUCGAGUCCGAGCCGGACGUUUCCAGUCUGGUUGAGGCCAAGGCGGCUUGGUUCCGCAGCGAGAUUUUGCGUCAUCUCGCCCGUGCCUUUUCGCUGUCUGGCGCCCACGCCGAAGCGGUGCUGCUGCUCACCCGCGCUCAGCUGUACAUUCGUCAAGCUCGUCAGGCUGCCGAUCUGGCCGAGGACGUCGAGGAGGAGGAUGCCGACUUCCCGCCGCGUCUCAAGUCGAGCGGUGGAUCCGAUGCCGUCUUUGACCACUCGGACGAGGUGCUCGCCAGACUCAAGCGCGGCGUGCAGAAAUCGCUGCUGAAGGCGCAGCGACAGGACAAGGGCAAGCAGGGCAAGGGCAAGGCUGGUUCGGCCAUGUCCGACUCGCGUGCUGGUCAGGCGCUGAAGGAGCUCGCUCGAAAGUAUAUCGACUUCGACCCUGUCUCGCUGCAAGAGGCCGAGCGAGUGCCGGAGGAUGUCAAGGCCGAGUACGAGCAGGAGCAGCAGGCCGGUUACACUCCUGUCGCCGCCAAGCCGCAGGCCAAGACUGUCAAAGCUCCCGCCAAGGCAAAGGAGGCGGCUCGAGUUCAGCCGGCUGCGGCUAAGAAAGCGGAGCCGGUGCAGCAGGCCGAUGACGAAGCUGAGCACUUCGAAGAUGAUGAGGUCGACGAGGACGACGAGGACGAAGAAGAGGAAGGCGAGUUCUCAAUGGCCUACGACCCCGGCAAUGAAGAGGACGAGGAGGACGAGGCUGCUGAAGCUGCUGCUCAGAAGAAAGGUUGGCUCGGCGGCUGGUUCGGUCGCAAGUAG